GAGAGACGGAUCUGCAUAUGGAAAUUAGGGUUAGCGUGGUUAAAAAAUUUACCUAAAAACGCUGCAUUAUUAUUUCGUGUUAAGUUAGGCGGGACCCCUGUAGUGGCACCCUAGGGGGGGGACAAGUUACUUGACAUGGCCCAUAGGAAACUCAUAAGAAAUAGGUGCUUGUUUUAUAAGAGACGAUCUGAUGUUUUUUUGUUUGUUUGUUUUGUUUUAUUUGUUUUUUGUUUGUUUGUUUUGUUUUUUAAUAUAUUGUAGCAUUUAUGGAGUUCUGAUGAGUACAUGUUUAAUACCAAAUUAAUACGAAUAGUAUUCACAGGUUGUUUUUUUUGGGAAUUUAAAAGUUUUUGUGGCUAUUUAUUGCACUGUGGGAUGAAUAAAGAAAUGUCUUAUCUAAUCUUAUAAAAGAGAAAUAUAAUACGUCAUUUUAUAUUAAUUCCGACAUAUACAGACUAGAAACGAGGACAUUUAAAAAUGAGCUUCAAACUCUACCUGGAGCAAAAAGUGCAAUGGAGGAAGUGCUUUGCAGAGACACCUCUGUCUGCGCAUGUCAUUUGUGGGACUAGACUACGCCCACCAUGAAACUUCCGACCAAUCAUUGGGCGGGGUGAGUGUGCGCAUGCGUGGUGUUAGCGCGCGGGAGAGCCUGAAAAAAACAAAACUGACUAUAAAUAUAUAACAUCUCACUGCACACGGAGCCUAAAUACGAGGUGGUAUUGACUCUACACUGACAGCAUGGCAGAUGACUUCAGCCAGUCCCUCACCCCACCAGUUUCCCCCUUCGCAGCAGACAGCCUGUGUGAACUAGCUCCAGCCCCACCGCCGUGUUUCUGCUGCUCUGAAGUAAAAGAUGACCCCACUGGAGCACUUUCCACAGAGGGAUAUGCUGCAAGAGGCUCCUUGAAACGGCUGCUGUUGCGUCUUGACCCAGCCCCUGCAGAGUAUGAGACGGACACAGUGGACAUCUUUGGCUUCUCCUGGGUAACAGAAACGGCGCUUGUGGAAUCUACAAAGUUACUCUUCGGUCUGUUCAGACAAAAGAUUUACAAGUUGGAGGAUUUGGUGCAGUCCAGCUCACACGACUUUGGUCAAGCAGGUAAUCUCCACUGUGAAGCAGAAGACCUUCGACAGCAGUGUGUUUCAUUUCUUCAGUAUGUGAAGGUGUUCUUGCACAGAUAUCUCGAGCCUUCCAGGUCCCUGGAUGGAGGUCACGCACAUCCUUACGAAGAGCUCGAGGCUCAGCUCCCCUCCGCACUUUUGGAGGAAUUAUUUGGCAUCACUCUCCUCAUAGGUCGGCUCAAAGAUCUGCCUGCCAAUGUUCAAAGUGCCUUCACCAUACAGAACCCGGGAAAGAUUUUUCCUCCCUCAUGGCAUUUGUUACACCUUCAUCUUGACAUCCACUGGUCAGUCUUGGAGAUCCUUCACCUGCUUGGUAACAAGAUGCAAGGCCAGGUGGUGUACGCCCACCAGUUUGUGAACCUGACGGGAGAGAACUUGACUGAUACCAGUCUGUUUGACGAACACCUGUGCAGUCUGCUGUGUGACCUUACUGGUCUGGCCAUGGGCAAAUACAGUAAGGUGAGGCCCACAGAGGCACUGAGCAGCCACAAUUACCUUUGCAUUUGCACCAAAGAACUGUGGGUCCUGCUCAUGCAUCUUCUGGAAUACAGGAAUAAAGUGCUGCAUACACAGUCUUUCUGGAGCCACAUGAACUCGUUGCUGAGGGCCCUGGUUUUAGGGAAGCCUGCAGCAGAGCAGUUCGCUGGUCUGCCCACACAUUGUAAAGACCCUCUGGGCUUCACAUGGUGGCUGGUCACUCAUUUAGCAAUGUUAGGUCAGUACAGUCGGAACGGCACGGUCCAGAAUGAGAAACAUCUAGGGGAUAACUGGAGUUUUGUGGUGGAGCUGCUCAAGAUAACGUGUGACCCCAAGAGAGGUCUACCAGAGGAACAUGUCAGGAUGCAUGUCCACUGCUGCCUCAGUCUGUGUCUGCUGUGGGAACCUAGCACCAGUGCUGUCUCCGUCCUCUGGGACUAUUACAGCAAGAACCUGAGUUCAUCAUUCACUGUACCAUGGCUGGGGAUUUCCGGUCUAGGAACUUUGUGCAAGACACCUCUUGCAUUGUUGGAGCAGGCCCGCAAUUGCUGCUCCCCUCCUCCUCUCCACACUACGGGACACACCCAACUGUAUCGCUCUGCCAACUCCUUCCACAUCUUCCUUCGUGUGCUGGCCCAGUGCCUUGCCCAGGACAAGGCUGGCGGAUCCGCACAAAGACAGAUCAAAGGGAGGAUUUACUCUAAGUUCUCCUCAAAGAAGAUGCAGGAGCUGUCAGAGACGAGCCUCAUGAACUUCCUGCUUCUGUUUCUGGUAGUGGCCAGACAGGCAGAGCUGGAGGACGUGGCCAGCAGAGCCUGUGAACUGCUUGGUUUCCUGCCCUCCAACUGCUCCCUUGCUCUCCGCACCCUGGUCUGGAGAGGGCAGCUAUCACUGCUUCUGCUUUUCCAGGAGAGGGGCCUGGAUGUUGGCGGCCAGGCCAGCUGGCUAGCGUCUUCCUUUAACGAGACGGCCAAGGAGUUCUACAGUAAAACCACAGAGGUCUCUCGCAAACUCGCCCUCUGGGGGCCCCUUGGCUCCUACCUGGAGGGUGUGGCCGAGGUGUUUGAGACCAGCACCAGUCUCAGCCUAUCGGAGGAAAAGCUGCUCAAUGAAGGGUUUAGCUGGUUGCUGCCCGCUUGCCGUCAGUCUGAGCUGAAUUCUGCCCUGGGUUUCCUGCAGACUGUCCUUGCACAGCUCAGGCGGGUCCAUCAACGCAGUGUCCAGUCAGCGGCCACCGUCGCGGCCUGGGCUCCCACAAGUGCCACUGCAGUGAAAGAGCGCCACCUAGCGGUAGCAGCGCCUCUCUGGGCGCACUUCUUCCCCUUCCUGCGCAACCUUCGCCUCUCGCAGACCCCUCCAGCACAGCUGGCGGACGCUGCUGCAGGUUUCACCUUGCUAGCCUUUGAUCUGCCCAGUUCGGCUCCACAGGACCUUCAGCCCAACCCAGUCCAGGCCAUCAUGCAGUACUUUGGCUGGGAUGACAUGGUUCACCCGCUACUGGUGACUCGCUAUCUUCCCCAUUUACUCCAGAACAGUGAGCUGGUGGCGUCACUGAGCGGUGGUCCUAGUGCUGCUGCGUCGGGUUCGGCACAAAGCCUGUCGGUGAGGGCCUGGUUCAGAUGUGUCCUACAGCAACACCUUCACAAGAACGCAGAUGGAACUGACAGCAGAACAGGUCGGGCUGUGGAGGAACAGUUGUGUGAACUGACCCGGCUUGUUCUGAGGCUUCCUGAGGUGGACGGCCUUCUUCAAAAAGCCUGCCUCAAUCCCGCAACCACCAGACUAGAACCCUCUGCAGCCCUGGAGGUGUUUGUCAAGGCUGUAGGCAGCGUGUACGCUGGACUCCAAGUCUUGUCAGAGCGUUCAGCCAUGGUGACCAGAGCCCUGCACUACAUUGGCGAUGUCCUGAAAUACAUUAAACCAUAUCUGGUUAACAAGAACCAAGAGGGAAUGCAGUUGGCUUACUGGGUUAUUGGCAACAUAGUGAAGCACUGGAGCCCCCUGCUGGCCACGUCUAAAGCCCAGCAGCUGUUGUUCCGCAUAGUGGACGGGUUGCUGCUUCCCCACAACCUCACGCAGCAAGACAGAGCUCUGAAAGACAGCCUGCCUCUGUACCUACAGGGUCUGUCAGUGGCAUCCAGCGUGUCUCAGUCCCAGGGUGUUCACCUCAAGAAGCAGCUCCGCACUGUUACCCACAGAUAUCUGGAGCACUUUCUCCCCGCGUCACCUUCCAUGGGCGUCAUUGCCAACCACCCGGUGCUUCUGGGCGCCUGUGAGGCCAGCCCAACCAUCCGGGGUGCCGCCCUCAGAAAGACCAUCCUCGAAGUUCUUUGCGAGUCCUUCCUGCGCUUCAAGGGUCACGCCCCCCCGCCUCGCCUAGCGUCGGUCCUGAUGUUCCUGUUGGAGCUUCUGAGACGAAACACUGACUCAGACCCCAGCCUCCUCACCGUGCCCCUCCCCUCGCUGCUGCGCUGUGUGAUGCUGGUCAAUGAGCCACAGGUGAGGAAGACGAGCACAGAUGCCCUGCAGCUUGUGGUGGAGCGAUGUGCUGCUGCAUCUUCAGAGGGACCAUGUGACCAGAUGAUCACAGUCUUAAGGUCGUUUGUGGAGGAGAAUGAGGGAGUCUACGACAGGCAGCUGUACGGCGUCCUGGAGACGGUGGCUGUGUUAGAUCCCACCACGGUUCAAGCUCUCAUUCCCAACCUGUCUCUCAGCCUGAGGAACACAGAACACAAAAGAGGACUGGGCAAGAACAUCACCUUGAGGAGCGCGUACACGAAGUUGCUGUGUCUACUCGGGGAGAGUGGGCAGGCUGAAAUAACCAGUCUGGAAAGCGACUGAAACUUAAAAAGGGACCAGCUCCAGGACCUGGCUCAACCUCCAAGAAUCCUUAUUAGUCACACCAACCUACUUGUUUUGGCAAUUUUUUGAUAUGGUCAUCAAAAAAAAAAAAAUAAAAUAAAUGUGCUGCAGUGCAGUCUUAGAAAAUGUGAGCGUUAAAUUCACCAAAACCUCAGUUAUAGGGAAAUAUGCUGGAAAACUACCACGGCUGUGAUACAUUUCAGGUGUUACCAGGUGUAACUUGAUACUCUUAAUGCACACGUGUAAUAUGUCCGAACCUUUGAUGAAAACUUUAUUAUCAACAGGUUGUAUAUAAUGUACAUAUUGUAAAGAAGGCGCACCUUUUUUCAUUUCAGCACAUGCAUUAAUAAAAUAAAAAUGUGAUAAUAAAUCUGCAUAUGCUCAU